AGAUGGGCCUUCAAGUUUGACUCCCCAAAUAAAGACGUCGACUGAUGCUACAAAUUUCAGUUUUGAUAUUCAUGCAAAAUAGAUCAAGAUGGGCGACCCUGACGUCUAUUGCGCGAUAUGUGGUGGGCCUGUAGUCGAAGUCAAGAUCUCCGCCAAGCCUCGCUCCGAAGUUUUCAAGGCCGCACAGCGUGGCGAGGAGCCAGACAUAGACUCGGAUGAAUAUUAUUGGGAAGAGAGAACCUACGACUGCGAAAUUAUAUCGAAGGAAGAAGCAGCGUGGACUCGUAAUGUAAUGGUGCUCGGCUUCAACCCGAAUCCUAAAGCCCGCGUCAACGGUGCCUUCCUAGCUACCUUUGGUACUUAUGACGGUUUCGGUGAAGUCACAGUCCACGACUCAUUUGAUCCGAAUUUCGACUUAGCAGAGCUAGGGGAUGGUCCAAACCUGGAUAACAGCUUCCAAUGUUACGAGAACAUGGGAGAGGAAAGUAACAUUGAACCCGUGUUCCCAUUCCAUAGGCCAUGCUACUAUGUCCUUCGGCGCCAGGUGAGCGAGCGGAUCGAUGGGCUGCCGCUCGUGUCGGGCCUCGUGGCCAUGGACAAGGACAUCCUGUUUGACAUGAUGCGCAUUCUGGCCGACUUCGACAAGUUAAAUAUUGACUAUGGCACCCCAAAUCCGCAAGAAGAAGAAGGCGGUCGCUGGAUAUCAAAUGCUGGGAAAGAGAUUUUUGCUGCAAACCCUGGGCCAGUGAAGGGGCUAGAGGGUAGGAUUCGAGGGCUGAUAAGCGCAGGGUACUUUACUCUAUCCCAGGAAGCUGAGUUUGACUUGAGCAAUGGUGUGCGGCAAGAUCCAUUCCAAAAGCUACCUUUUGAUAUUUUUAUCAAGAUUGGUGAGCAGUGUGAAGACUCAACAACCUUAUUAAACUGGGCAAAGGCAUCCUGGUUCGCAAACGUCGCCUUCCGGAGUACCCAGGAAAAUUUCUGGGCGACGAUAAUACGAAUACAGAUGGGCUGGUUCUUUGAGCUACUUCCAUGCCUAGAUGAUGACAAACUAUGUUAUGGGUCGAGCAUGAGGGCCGUGUUUCUAUGGGCUGCUUACCACUCCGAACAACACCUCGGAAUAAAAGGAGGACCCUUCCUCUGCAUUGCCAACCGCCGGCGCAUUUGGGCCAACCCAUGUACAGAAUUGGCGGACCGAUACUGCAGCAAGUUGCCACCUCACCUCCUCGUCGCUAACAGUAAGAAUGCCCCCAUUAAUUUCCGUGAGAUGCUUCUAUCCAAGGCCACGUGGAGUCGUAAGUACGUUGUAACACACAGAAAUCAAACGCAACUGUAUAGCACGGUACAGAAGUGUUUUUGGAUUGAUGAGUGGAAAGACACAUAUGAGAAGACGCAAACCGUGGAAGCGUUCUUUAUGCAGAGCAACGGAUUUCUCACCGCUAUUGCGCUGACGACUGAGGGUGGUGAGUCUCGGAUGGUGGGCUCGAUAGACGAGAGUUCCGUAAGGUUCAAGGCGACCAUUUCAGUCGAAGAUUGGAUUUGUGCGAUUGUCAUUCAUAUACCAGGUAUAGAAUUAGUCGGAAGGCUAUGGGGCAGUAUAGAAGAGACAUCGCCAAAAGGCAUUACGAUCAUCUGCAAGUCUGGGAGAGAGCUUCAUCUCGGUGAUACGAAUCAAGGUUAUACUGUGCGAGCACUAGUGGCUCGCCAGGGCUAUCAGGUCGUCGGGUUGGUGGCAGAAAUGGCUGCGGAUAACCCUUCAGCAACCUUCACCCGUCUCGGUUUAAUCACAGUGCGGAACGAGGAACUAGAUGAACGUCGCAUCCUUCGUGACCAUAUAACCCGCCGAAGCCAUCCGCGAAUCGACGAACUUAUGUGGAAAGAAGACGGAACCCGCUUCUUUGGAACCCCAUACUGGAACAACCCUUCCUUGAAAGUCUUGCACAGGGACGAAGCACAAGAGCUAGGAGAGUUGGAUGGCUGGCUGACUGAGGUCCAUCAACAGCUUGUGCCACAGGAGGCUCUCAUCUGGGCCAAGGACAUGACAGAACUCCGACAGCUCAAGAGGGUGUCUAUCUUUACGACAUAUUCACACAUGGCGGAUAUCAGCGGCGUCAAGGUCGAAGCUUACCAUAUUUGUGGUUUAGGGGUCAUGUUCUCGGAGGAGCACACCGAGGGCCAGCGGUUAAUUGGUGUCGAGGGGAAACUUGAAGUAGAUGGUCAAGGAGAUGACCUUCCUGCCCUCGACGGACCACGUAUUCCGCAUCGCGCGGGUGCAAAGCUCCGCGAGAUGAAGGGAGACGGGAAUUUCCGCAUUGAUCUUGAUAUCGAUGGGCCAGGCGGUGAGAUUAUAACAGAAGUAUUCCUUGGUUGGGGCGAAUAUGACUCUGUAGACUGUCUUAGGUUCCGCACCAACCGUGACCGAGAGGUCGGAUGCUCGACAGCACCCAACGGAUGUUAUUCGGGUCCCGACGCGCCAGAGUGGGUUUCUAUGAAGUCCUCGCCAAACAAGACCAUCGUUGGCAUCAUUGCGACAUUCGCUGGUGGCCCUGGUGUAAGCAGGGGCGAGGCGCCUCGUACUCACACAGAAUUAACGUCAUUGGCGGCACUCUCAAUGUCAUUGGGCAUCGACGAAGAGACAGUGGAGGAAAGCGACGAAGAGGACGAAGGAGAGAGUGAGGACUAUGAGGAAGCCGACAAUGAAAUGUAUGAAAUGGAUGACGUAGAUGAAUAAAGAGAAAAUAAAUGUAAAGAAUUACAUAUCAAAACAAUAAAGGAG